AUGGCCCAAGCCAGGCAGCAAGAGCAGCAUGCAUCGACCACCGCUCGGCGCCUUGUCGCUUCGGGUUGGCGUUUGUUCUACCACAUCAGUCGCCGCAUCACUCAUUUUCGACCUGGGCAGAUAGCAAAGGCCGAGGCAGCGUUUUCGAAGGUCGAGUCACUGUUCUCCCAGGCCAAGCUCUGCCAGGCUCUCAAGCCCGCCCUCCCAGAUCCGCGUCGUCGCUUCAUCUUCUUCACCACCAUCUUCAGCGAGGUCCGAAUACCCCGUGACGAACCGACCGAAGAUCGGAUCUGCAUCCGCAUCUACGCCCACGUCGGUCGCUCGCAGAUCCCUGACACCGUCGCCCUCUCUGGCGGGAAAUUCGCCCUUGCAGUUAUCCCGAAAGCUUGGAUCGCCUUCUCCUCUAUCUUUGAGAAAUCCGAUCUCGACGCGCGGAAACGCUCCUGUCCCAGGUCGGCGGUCUCUGGGGUCAGAAAGGGGGCGAGGGGCCGGGGCAGCUCGUGGUAG